AUGGUCAAGCGUUCAUUGAAGAAGACGAUUUGUCGUAAUACGUUAGAUAUUCGCACCUUCGAAACUCUGUUAUUAGAGAUCGAAGCAAUGCUGAAUACCGACCUCCAUAUUAUCAUCUGGACUUUUCUUUCCCCAAUCGCUACUAAUCCGAGACUCCAUUAUUACGUUUUUGAGCGAUUCAGAGACGAAGCAGUCCUGAAAGCUCACCAUGAGCAGCUCAUUAAUACGUUAGACUACUUUUGGUCCUUGUGGCGAAAGGACUACCUCCAGGCGUUGGCGGAACGCACACAAAGCGCACCUAAAAAAGCGCAAAAGUUCGUGUUCGUGGCCCACUCUUGGUGA